UCGAUGCCUGAUGGGGAUUUGCAACGCGCCGGCCACGUUUCAGCGAGCGAUGAACGUGACGUUUCAGAAUUUUGUUAACAAGACUCGACUGACGCAGGGGAUGAUCAAUUUCUGCGGCAUUGUGUACAUGGACGACAUCCUGGUCUAUUCGGAACCCUACCACGGGCACGCGCAACACAUCGAGUGGACGCUAGGAGCCUUGAGGGACGUCGAAUUCAAGAUCGUGUUGGAGAAAAGCGAGUUCUUUCUCCCGGAGAUUUCGUUCCUGGGCUACGUGGUGACUCGGGGUGGUUUGCGGCUCGAUUCGCGAAAGGUCGAGGCGGUCCGAGACGCUCCGACUCCCACGUCGCUGAUGCAGGUUCGAGCCUUCCUCGGACUGGCUUCGUAUUAUCGACGAUUUAUCAAGGGAUUCGCCGCUACCUCACGACCGUUAACGAACCUGCUAUGGAAGGACCAGCCCCUCAGUUGGGACGCGGAGUGCGAUCGGGCCUUUGUCACUCUCAAAGAGGCCCUGGCCACAACACCUAUUUUGAUCCGGCCGGACCCAACGAAGCAGUUCAUCCUUAUUACGGACUGGCAGCCUGAGGCAAUCGCCGUUAUUCUGGCACAGAAAGGGAACGACGGAUUCCCGCUCAUCAAGCCGUUGCAGUGGGAAAUAUGGUGUGAGAAUUACUCCACCCUUUCUCUGUGCCUAGUCGGGAUCGAGCUAACAUGGACUCGAUAUAGUGAGCACCGCGCCGUGAGUGAGAACGUGGAGCUGCUUAUCAUCCAAGCUUGGAGGACAGAGGUGGAGGGAGACCUUCUCGGAUUCGUCUUCAGAACAGUAGACCCAGGACAUCGGCAAACGAUCAUGUGGGAGCUCUUGGUCCCCUUCACGCAGUUGCUCGACGAUCUUCCAACCGACAUCGUCUCGCAUUGCGAUGAGAAUCCGGCGCCGCACAUUCUUUCGCGGAGUUUAACGCCGUACUUGCAAUGGUCGGCCUGUCUCGAGGAUCGCGGGGGAGGCGGUAACUACCCAUCGCGCGCGGAGUAUCUGAAUCCCCGUGGGAUAAUCGAUGUUCUUUUCUUUCAACCCCGAACGGUGUCGGAAGAGGAAGCGGUAGAGGAAGAAGAGGAGGACGAGGAGGAAGAAACCCCUGAAGAGGAGGAAAGUUACAACGAGUAUAGCGAGCAAGAGCCGGGGGCGGUGAGCGAAGAAGAAGAAGAAGAAGAAGAAGAAGAAGAAGAAGAAGAAGAAGAAGAAGAAAAAGAAUCCGAGUGUGAAAGUUUGGAAGGAGAGGCCGACCAGGCGGAAGUCCAAGAAGAGGAUCCCGUGGCAGCCAUGCAAAGGAGGGAAGAGAUAGCAGCAGGAAAGCGGCCGUUGGAGCAUUCAAGCGACACAAAUUUGCCAAUCCUGGACAACCCGGCCAGAGAUCCCGAGCCGCCCGCGAUUGAAGAUGAGCUCCCUCCUGCAGAGACUUCGAGUGCGCCAGCGCUGAGGCGACAAAGCCAAUCCCCCUCCCCUUUCCCCCGUCCCUCAGUUCGAACACGUGGGGAUGCGGGGCAUCGGGCUACUUCCCCGGUUGUUAUCCCGUCGUCCCCUUGACUUUCUGACCCUCCGGCAGAUCGAUACCCCGCUCUCCUUCCCUCGUAACCCCUUCCCGACUUCCACCUUCCAUCACUUCUACGCCACUCGCCUCGCUGUCACGGUGUAUCCGCACCCCACCACGAGA